UAAAAGGGGCUUGACUGGGUGGGUCCCUCCAGUGCCUCUACAGGACUCCAGGAGACAGGGAGGCAGUUCUCGCCGAAGUUCCUUGCUUGUCUGGAGGCCCAUCCUCAUCAUGUCUUCGGAGGAGUCUCUUUCUGGACCUGCUCCAGAGUGUGAAGAAGGCCAGAGGCGCAGGAGAACCAAGUACGACAAAAACCAGUACAAGGUUCUUUUCGAGGCUUUCAAAAGUGACGCUUACCCCGAUAUUAAUGUCAGAAUGGCUCUGGCCGAGCAAAUCAAGAUUCCUGAGCCAAGAAUCCAGGUGUGGUUUCAGAACAGAAGAGCGCGAGAUCCUCGCAAGAAAACAAAGAAGGAAAAGGCAUGCCCCCCGGUUCCAGAACCCAUUCACGGAAGAGUUGGCGCCGCAGCUCCAAGACCCAGUCACGGAGGUCUCUGUGCCCCCAGCUGCCCCUGCCAGCAGUGUCUUCUGGCGGCCCAGAGGGAUGCCAGUUUAUUUUCCUCAGAGCCAGAGAAUGCUUCUGGUCAAGCUGGUUUUGGGGGGUAUGUUGGUAACCUGGGCAUGAAUAUGGCCUCGCAUAACCUGCCGACUGCAGCUGAUGAGCCUUCUGAAGACCUGCGCUGUUCUUUCUCCUCGAGCUUCAACCUCCACUAUUUCUCCUCAGGCUUCAACCCCACAGUUCUCACGGCUUCCCCACAGACCUCUCCACAACCGGAAGCUGGCCGUGCAGAGACUUAUGUGGCGGGCCCUGAACAGCUCCUGGCUCAAGGGAAUGAGGCCCCGCAGGGAUACGGGCAGUGUCCUCCCUCUGGUGAGCAGCAGCCACGGUGGAGCUGGCAGCCUUCGCCGGCUCCGAAGCCAGAGAUGGAAUUCGAGCGGCCACCAUCCCAGAGGCUGGAGGCCGCUGUGCCCCCGUGGUCCUGUUGGUCACUUCCGCUGACUCCAGCCUCUUCAUCCGCUCAGCCGCCUCUGCCCCAGGAGCCGUGUUCCCAUCCUGCUCCUCAGUCCUCUCCGAUGAAGGCACCUGCCAACGUCAGUAGCCGGUUCCAUCCCUACCUCUGAGAACGGACCUUGGUGGGAGGCCCUGGUCACCCCAACCCUCAGCCACUGCAGCUGGGGAGCAGCACUUAAACUCCUGCUACAACAAAACAGUGGACGUAACCUAAGCAAGUAUGAGUCAGGUCACAGAUGAAAUCAGCUAGGGCUCAUCUGUACGUUUUAAUAGUAUGCAAAAUUGAAAAAGGAUUUGAAGAUUUGUGUAUUUGCACUGGAGAGAUCUCCUAGACGUAAUUUCUAAAGAAAUGAAGUUGUCAGGAUGGAAGGACAUAAAGUGCAGGGGAUAUGGGCAGGCAGAGGACCUAAGGGGUUUCCUUAGAUGGGAGGAAAAGGGAUCUUUAGAAGUCCAUCUGUCCUGCCUU